CAUGACUAGCACGAUAUGCGUCUCAUUUUCUGCGUGCGAAAAUUAUGUUUAAUGCCAUUUUUUAAUGCGAGUACAUUGUCGCACGAUGGUUGCACGUAUGUGAUGGUAAUGCGAGGCAUUUUGUGUGUUCGAAAGAGCACCUUAAAGUUUUACAUUACGUGACUUACGACAAUUUGCGUUUUGUGCGUGAAAAAGUGCACCUUUAAUGAGCGUUCUUUACACUAUUGGGACUAUUCACCCAUUAUCGAUCUAGCUGUCGAUGUAUCAACACGUCCUCGUGGUCGUUGUUGUUAUUUAGUUUGGUGAUAGUGGUGUUAACUGAAUAUUUGGAUUACAAGAAGUUUGUCAAAAAGGGUGUCUACUAACUAAUUCCGGGAAAAAUUUAAAUUAAAAGCGGGAAAGCAGUUAAUGACUGACGAACUUGUCAGUCAAUUUUCCUGGCCCGGAAGCAAAAAAAGUGAGAAAUUCGGAGACACUAAGAUUUCCAAUCUUCUGUUCGAAUCAGCGAGACAGUGUACUUUUUUUGCUGGGCCUCACAGUAUUUCUGAAUUUAAAAACGAGAUGCUCGAAGUGCUCCGAAUUACCAAACAAAGAUACAGGAAUAGGAAUAAUAACAAGAAACAAGAAGAAAAUUUUGAAGAAAUGGAUUCGGAGGAUAUAUUAGAAGAAAUUAAGCGGUUACAGGAAUUGGAUCAUGUCAAUGAUGUAGAUGAUAUUUCUGCAAAUGACGGUGACGACGAGAUAGUCUCUGAUGACACAGUAUAAUGUACCAUUCACUUGAACAGCGAAUUGGACAUUACAAAACGAAUAGAUAAGUGUGGAAAAAGGGUCAAAUCCAGUUGGCGGCGACGUCCAUUAGCGUUGGGAAUUUAAAACCCAGUGGAUCAUACCACAAAUAAUAAGUCUGAAUAUGCGAGAAGGUUGACAAAAAAUUUAUUUUCUGAUUCAAUCAAGGAAACAAAUUGUUUCGAUAAUUCAGAAUUUUAUAAAUGACUUUAUAAUUUCUACAGGUGAUAAACGAUUGGUAAACGAAUAGAAAACGUAUUGUUUACGACAGUAUGCGCAUAACGACUGUGUAUACGAUUUAUUAAUAUCUAACGACUGUACGAGGGGGUUGUCGACAACAUAAAUUUAAAUAACUGUUUUAUAUAAACUUUUUAAUUUGUCUGGUAAAUGUGUCACCAGAAGAAAGUAGAGGUCCUAGAAGCAGCUACUACGAAGAAAAUUGAUUAACGAAAUGAUUGAUAUUUUGAUCUCUCAGAACGAAACUGAGACAAUUAGUAACGACUGUAAUUCAUAGACAACACUGUCAAAGACGGUUAUAACAAUAAAUUAUAAAACGACAUGUGUUAUAACGACAGUAGAGACGAUUGUCAAUUAAAUUAUAAUAAUAAAAAUUAAUAAUUUUUAUAAAUUAAACAAUGUUAUAUAAUAGGAAGACAGUAAAUACGAAAGUUAAUAUGAUGACAGUAAAUAAUAAAGAAAAAUUAAAAAACGAAUGUUCAUAAUUUAAAUGAUAUGCAAUAUAAAUUUAUAAAAAACGAAAGUAUUGUUAAUAAAGACAAUGGUGAUCACGAUGAGAUGAAAGGCAGUAUUGACGAUCAAUCAGAGACGAAAAAGGAGGUAAAUCAGGCAAUAACGAAAGGAUAUUUGUUAAUUUUUAAUAAUAAAUGACAGUUUGAAUAUAAACGAUAGUGCUGACUCCAAUUAACUGAAUCUUACCCCCUUUUUUUAUAUGACCUUGACGAUGCAUAACAAAAAUAAAACUACAGAUUCAGCAACGAAUGAACGAUGAUGAAUAGCUAAAGCGACUUAGAAUUAUAGAUAAAUCUAUUUGUUCAGUACUCUUAGAUAAUGACUGUUCCUUUAAUUCAGACGAAAUGUAAAAAACAAAUAAAUUUAAAAAAGUACAUAAAUAAACGAAUUGUUAACGAAAAAUUAAACGACAACUACUAAUAAUAUCUUUAAACCAAAUGACUGAUCUUUCCAUGAAUUCGCUUCAGAAAAAAAA